GACAAUUAUAAAGGCGAAGAGGAAGACCGGGUCGAGGUAAGGCAUCCGGACGUGGCAUCACUCAGUUGGCCUUUGGAGCAGCUGAGGGAGAGGUGACAACUACUUAGCCACUGUAGGAGACAGCAGUCAUGGAUGGCGUGUCAUCCUAUCAGAGUGGUGGUGGGGGUCGCAAUGGAGACCUCCAUAAGUACUCCCACAGCAUAGGCUCCAACAUACAGAAAAUCUCACAGAAUGUAAAGUCUAUGCAGCAGUUAGUGAACCAGUUGGGAACAGACCAGGACAACCAGCAGCUUCGGGCACAGUUGCACCAGGUGCAGCACUACACAGGAGGUCUAGCCAAGGACACCACAGUAGAGUUAAGAACAUUCAAGUCUCUCCCGGUGCCGCCUGGUCAGGACACUCGAACAUGGCAUAUGCAGGCUGAGCGCCUCACCAGGGAGUUCUCACAGGCCCUCAAUGACUUCCAAAAUGCACAGCGUCAGGCAGCCUCCAAAGAGAAGGAAGCCCUCAAGAAGGCACGUGCAGACUCUGAUGCUCAGUUUUUUGAAGACUCCAGACAAGGAGGAGCUCUGUUGGAUCUUGGUGACUCAGAAAACAAGGGAAGGUCUCAACAGUCUCAGAUGCAGAUUCAGAUGGAGCAGGAGCAGGAGAUGCAAGCCUUGCAGGAACGAGAGUCACAGAUACGACAGCUGGAGGCAAACAUCAUGGACGUAAACCAGAUUUUCAAGGACUUGGCAACAAUGGUUCAUGAGCAGGGAGAGGUUGUUGACUCUAUUGAGGCCAAUGUGGAGGCAGCCCAAGUGCAUGUCUCCCAGGCCUCCACACAGCUUAGCGAGGCUAGACAGUAUCAGAACAAAGCACGUAGAAAGAAGGUGUGUCUCUUUGGCAUUGGUUUAGUGGUACUGACAGUUCUUAUUCUCAUAAUUGUCCUAUCAACUAAAAAUUAAGGAAAAGUCAAAACAGAAGAUUGUUGUCCUGACUCUUAUUGGUCUGUCGAUUGCCCUGGUGAUUGGCCUGAUUGUGUGGGCCAACGGGAAGUGGUAGUGACCCUUCUGCUCUCCAUCAGAUCGGUGGCUAGAGAUCUGCAGGUUUGGUGUACUCAGCUACUGUGACCUCUUCUCAGUUGCUUGUUGUUGACUCUUUAAAGAAUUCUUUUUAUUAGUUAUAAGUUCUAAGAAAGUUCUAUGUAAUUUCCCUUUUUAGCAGAGAAGGGAAUUGUUCUUGUGGAGAGAUUACUUUUGCUAUUCAAAUAUAUAUUACCAAUAUUAUAAAAUAAUGAUA